GAUUGUGCGGGUGUUGGAGGACCUCAUAGAGACAGUUCCCUUCGUUGGGUCCCUGAUUCGUGGUGGUUCGCGAUUUUAUGAUUUCCCCGAGUUGUUAUUAGAGCCUCUUCCCUCUUGGGUUCCACGGGAAAUUUUUGAGUACCGUAUAGCUCUUACUCUUCCCGCGAUCCGGUCUGGCUAAUAUUUUGGGUUGGGGUUGAUCGAUCUCCUCAAUAGCCAGCGACAUUCUAGUGAGAUGACGGGCCAUCCUUUCUGGAUUCCAGGUUUUGAGGUUGGGGAUUUUGACGUAGUUCUCCCGGUAUCUUUGGUAAGUUUUUUUUUCUCUUUUUUUUUUAUGUUUAAUAUAUAUUCCCCUUUGUUGUUCAGGAGUCCUUUCCCUGGGAAACCGUGCAAGAUGUUACUGAACUCUGGCUUACCCUGACGGUGGAGGAUUACUAUCGCGUCCCUCUGUUCUCCCAUUCUGCCCCGUGUCUCCUGUUUAACCUCCUCUACGAUGCUUGUUGGGAUCGUGUGGAGAGUAUCCUCAGGAUGGGGAUUACUCGUGAGGUUCGGCGACAGGAUAAUCUGCGCCUAUGGUUGUCGGGUGAUUUUUGUCACCCCCGUCUCUUUAUUGAGGGUCCCUGCCCGGUGGCUCCCCGUAUGUAUCAAUACGGGGAUGAUCCUCUGGAAUAUCUACGAUAUUUGUCCGGGGAUCCUACUCUCGGGGAGGGGAUUGUCGACGAGUACGACUGGUUUGCCUUCUUUGAGUAUGUUCGUGGGGAUGCUUUUGAUCGUCUUCGCGGUGUCUAAGGCUGAGGGAAUCCUCUUUUCUCCUGAUGCGGCCAUCGUACCCGGUUUUACUGCGUCCAGGAUUUAUAUUUUUCUUUAAUUUUUUCUAAAAAUAUUUUAAUAUAUGUUUUUUUUAUUUUCUGAAAAUUUCAUUGUUGUUUUUUUUCUUUCCCCAUCCAGCUCGUCUCCAGUUCGGUUUCCGGAGUCAACUGCUGCCAAAUUAGAUGAUGCCUCUUCUUCAAUUAUGGUGAGUUAUUAUUUUAUUUUAUAUCCCCUUUUUUAUUCAGAAUUUUUCG